AUGGCUGCUGUGGCUGCCAUUUACAAUCAACCGUCUAGGUCGAUCAGCAGCCCCUCGCUAACACAAGGCCCAGCUCCUGGGGCAGCCGUUAAGGCCCCCUUCAUUGGGGACUAUGCUGGUCAAUUGAGAAGUCAGUCGGUGGAUGACAUCCAUGCCCAUCGACAACAAUCUCUUACACAACAACAAAUGCAAAACAGGAGGAGAUCAGUUGGCCCUGAUGCGUUCAGUCCAGAAAGUUUCUCAACUUUCGUACGACAAGAGGUGGGGUCAAUGUCGAAUCCAGCGUCGAUACAGCUCUCGGGACCGGGUCAGGCCUCCCACCGACCGGGAAACAGGAGAAACGGCAGUACCGACAGCACCAACUCAGGAAAUUCUUCGAGGCCCAAUUCGAGCAACCGAAAUUCGGUUCAUUCUAAUCACUCAAAUACCGGAUCCUCAACACCACACGAAAUCAACCCGUCUCAGGUCCCCCCUCGUGGAUCAUCCACAGAUGGCAAUAAGCGAGUCACAGCCCCCUCUCCGCUUUCAAAACCUGUGAACAUGGCAGCCGACUCGACCUCAUCUUACCAAACCUUCCCAGAGCCCCAGAGCAACGCUAACGGAGCCCCGCCGGCGCUUACAAGAUCAGCCACUCAACAACUCGAAGCUAUCCCUGAUGUACCCAAGAAAGGCAUGAAAAACAGGCUUCGUCGCGCCUUCUCAUUUGGUAGCGCAGCUGAACUGCGUAAGGUAUCAGCGGUCAACAACAUGAGGGGUGAGGAUGCUGCUGAGCGUGCUAGACUUCGUCAAGAGAAAUUUCGCGAAGAACAGAAUGCAGAGCAGCUGAGGAUUGCACAGAGGCAAGAGGAAGCUGGGUUGGGUGAGGGGAUUUACAAUGGGCAAGGAAAUUUCUUCACUGGAUCAACUGAUAAUAUCUCUGUUUCUUCAACUGCGUCUUCGGCAUCGAUUAUGAUAAGGAAGAUGGGGAAGGGAAUGAAGAAAUCAACACGAUCAUUGGUGGGAUUGUUCAGGCCGAAAUCUGUCGUUGGGGUGCCUGCAGCUAGUGGGCCGGUCACCGCGCAGGCAAGUAUGGGACAAGUAUCGAUGGUUACGGUUGAGGCCGAGAGGGAGAAGGUUAACGUCAACGCGGAUGCUCGUGAUCAGACAAGUGGUGGUACUGGGUUCCCCAAGUUGGAGAACAAUUCACUUGAGACCCCCAAAGUUGGUGAGCCAAGCACUGCGAGGAGAUCUAGCAAUGCGAAUGAUACCGAAGCUGCUAGGAAGAGCUUUGUUGGUGGGGCGCAAGAUCGGGCUGAGGUUCUGGCUGCUGUAAAGAAAGGAAUCUUGAAACGAUCCAGUUCAUCGUCUCCGAUCAUCAAGCCAUCAGAUCCCUCCAACUUUCCAGAGAAUCAAAGGCCGCAUGGAAAACAGAGGUCAGACUCGGUCAGGGGCGAUGAGGAUUAUUUUAUCUCUGGGCCCAGGUUUUCUGCAGGCAACUCUGCGAGUGCACCUACAUCGCCUGCGUCAGCUGCCAAAUACAACGUUAGCUUUAGCCCGAGAAUUACUUUUCACGACACAUGGCCUAGCGGCGAAUAUGAUAGAAGGGGUGAGAUUGCUACCUGUAACAGGUUAACACCUAUGCUUGCUCAGCAGAUUAAGGAGGAGUUGAAUACGUUCAAAAUGGAAAUGGCUGUUCAUGAGGAGUCCAAAGUUUAUACGCAUUUUUUCUAA